AUGGAUCAGUUUCCCCUUCUUCCUAGUGGCUCCAAGGCCAACACCUCCACACCCUUGUACCUCACCUUAGACAACACAACCUCGGGGGCAUCCACCUCACCAGUGCCGGAGCCGGCGCCGGCGCCGCCUGAACCUUCCACACACUCCAACCAUGACAGGGGAACGGAUACAGUCAAAGCCAAGAUCAUGUCGCACCCUCUCUAUCCUGCUCUCCUGACAGCCUUCAUAGAGUGCCAGAAGGUCGGAGCCCCGCCGGAGAUUGUCGGUCGGUUAUCCGCCCUCGCCGGCGACCUCCACUCAGAUCCUGGCGACCGGCGCCAAGACCCGGUGCCGGACCCAGAACUUGAUGAGUUCAUGGAGACCUACUGCGAUGUGCUGGUCAGGUACAAGCAGGAGCUCACGAGACCAAUCCAAGAAGCCGACCAGUUCUUCAGGGCCAUGGAGGCGCAGAUGGAGUCGUUUACACUAGACGACCAGAGCUACGAAGGGGGCGGUUCCUCGGAAGACGAGCAAGAAGCCGGCGACGUCGGCGGCCUGCCGGAGAUCACGAGUCACUGCGCGGAGGACAAGGAGCUCAAGAGCCACCUCCUGAACAAGUACAGCGGCUACCUGAGCAGCCUCUGGAGGGACCUCUCCAAGAAGAAGAAGAAAGGCAAGCUGCCGAGGGACGCGCGCCAGAAGCUCCUGCACUGGUGGCAGCUGCACUACAGAUGGCCCUACCCGUCGGAACUGGAGAAGGCGGCGCUGGCGGAGUCGACGGGGCUGGACGCGAAGCAGAUCAACAACUGGUUCAUCAACCAGCGGAAGCGGCACUGGAAGCCCACGCCGCCGGCCAUGGAGUACAUGUCGCAGCAGCAGCACCCCCACCCCUACGGCGGCGCUUCCAGCAGCUCUUCCGCCCCCUUUCGGACGACGGAUGGGCAUUACUUCGCCGGAGGAAGCGCGUAUCCCCGUGGCCCCUGAUGCAUGCAUGGCAGGCCGCCGUAGAUACGUACGUUGGUAUAUGAUGAGAUGCACGGCGUGGGUGUGGUUUACCGGUGGCGUGUACACGUACAAAGCUAAAUAUAUACACAUGUGA